AUGACAGGAGACAGCGACUACAGCAAGUACGACUUGACUCGCUUGCAGGAAGAACUUGAGCAGGAGAGAGAAAUUAAAGAAAUGCUGGAAGACUCCGUCUCUGAUUUACGGAACACCAUGUUUGAACUACAAGAAAGACUGCACAGUGUUGAUGGGGAAGGAAAUGAGUGGAAGACAAGGUAUGAGACUCAAAUAGAGUUAAAUGGACAGUUGGAAAGACAAAUGUCACUGAUUCAUGAGAGACUGGAGGACCUACGAGGAAACCCCAUGGAUCGAUUGGCCUCCAUCCGCUCUUAUGAUGACAUGCCUGUGGAGACACUGAAGCAGCGACUGAAGAUCCUGACUGAAGAGAAGUCUGACCUCCAGAGUCAGCUGAUGGACUGUCAUCUGCAAAUUGAACAGGAGGGAAAGGCAUUUCACAAAACUAAUGAUGAGAGGCGGGCAUACCUUUCAGAAAUUGCUAAGCUGUCCUCCACCCUUGAUGUCCAAAGAAGACAGUACUCCCACCAGCCACAGAGGGCACCAGAGAGCAAACAGAACAGAGGGAAGCAGGCCAGCAGGAUGGAAGAGGCUAAAUCUAAGAAAGGAAAAGAGAGAGGAGAAGAUGGAGGAGGCGUGCGUGUGACAGGAGGCGGUGUUAGUGGAGCAACAGUAGAGAGAAGAGACGAGAAGAAAUACCAAAAGGGAAGUAGGUUACCAACAGUCAAAUCCUAGCUGAUACAGAA